AUGUCGUUCAAUUUUGGAAACACAUCAGCGCUCGGUUCUACGAGCACACCGAACAAGCCGGCUUUUGGCAAUUUCUCAUUCGGGGGACAAACGUCAACGCCAGCAUUCGGAGCUACUGCUGUUACUGGUGCAGCUCCAGCAUUUGGUCAAGCUACAGCCACGUCGGCUUUCGGUGCAACGGCAGCUCCCGCUUUCGGUGCGACGCCGGCAACCACUGGUACGAGUGCGUUCGGAACGCUAGGUUUCGGGGCGUCCACCGGUGGAACCACAGCGUUCGGUGUCGCACCGACCAGUUCCGCACCGUCCUUCGGAUUUGGCACCAACACGGCUACAGCGGCAACACCUGCGUUUGGUGGGUUCGGAACAGCGACCUCUACUGCUGCGACCGGCUUCGGUGGAUUUGGUGCCACCACAGCCACCAGCACCAGUGCUCCAGCAUUCGGUGGCUUCGGUACGGCCACACAACCCUUCGGGUCAUCGAUCGCGACCACUUCUGCGCCAUCUUUCUUCGGUGGGCUUGGAGCCACACAACCCCAAGCAAACACCGGUUUCGGUGGUUUCGGGACCGGUAGUACCUUCGGUGGUACGACUUUCGGUCAACCGGGUGCUGCAACCGGUGGUUUGAACUUUGGACAAUCGGUCUUCGGUCAGCCGCAGCAACAGCAACAACAGCUCGUUCCAACCCUCUCGCCCGAGGAAGCCUUUGUCCAGUCCGUUUUCAAUGUGUCCAUCUUUGGCGACGAGCGGGACACAGUUAUUUCCAAAUGGAACUACCUGCAAGCAAUGCUCGGCACGGGCAAAUCGUUCUACUCGCACAAUGCACCACCGGUGGACAUCACCCCGUCGAACUUUCUGUGCCGAUUCAAGACAAUGGGCUACAGUAAAUUGCCCGGGAAGGACAACAAAACUGGACUGGUGGGCCUAACCAUCAACAAAACGGUGGCACAAAUAAAGGAACAGCAACAACAGUUCAUCAACAGCAUGAACCAAAUCUUUGGCAACAAACCGAACAUUACAAUCGUGGUGGAAAACGUAAAAUCGAUCAACGACUCGAAGGUACAGGUAAUAAUCUACAUCGAGGAAAAGUCGACCAUCUCGAACGAAAUAAAGCGCGUACUGGCAACGGAAGUGGCCAGCUAUCUGAAUCAACCGAUGCCCAAGCAACAGCUUACGCAGCUCGGUAUUGAAUCGGUCGUUGCAUUGGUGCUGCCCGAGGAAGACCAACUGAAGGAGUAUCUCGACAAUCCACCCAAAGGCAUCGAUCCGCGCAUGUGGGAACAGGCAAAGAUCGAUAAUCCCGACCCGAAGCGAUUCAUUCCGGUGCCGAUGAUCGGCUUUCAGGAUCUUAAGUGGCGCAUAAAGUGUCAGGAAAAUGAAACCGAAAUCCACGCCUCGUAUCUCGCCAAGGUGGAGAAAGAGAUCGCCGAGCUGAAGCAGCGUCACAUGAACACGACCGCCAAGAUAGCCGAACAUCGGCGUAACUUUGCCGAGCUGAGCCACCGCAUACUGCGGGUGAUCGUGAAGCAGGAAAGCACACGCAAGCUAGGUCUCGCCCUAUCGCCCGAAGAGGAAGCGAUCCGGACGAAGCUGGAAAACAUGCAUGCGCUCGUAUCCACCCCUACACAGUUCCGUGGCAGGCUCAGCGAGCUACUCUCCCAGAUGCGGAUGCAGCGCAACCAAUGGGCGCACGGAAACUUCCUGAACGAGUACACGUUGGACAAGGAUGCAACGCAGGAGAUGCAAUCGUUCCUUACAAUGCAACAGAAAGCCGUCUCGUUUUUGAUUGACACGAUACACAAGGAUAUAAAGACGCUAAAGAUUAUCAGCGAAGGCAUGACGCAGUUGGUACAGGGUUAG